AUGACUCCCCCGCCCCGCGUGCAACUCCACUCUAACUGGUUCGAAGAAGCCCCGCCCCCUCCUUCCUCCGGUCCCCGCGAUUGGCUUACCGACACCCGGCAGGUCAGUUCCCCGCCUUCGAUUGGCUCACUGCCCCGUCAGUCACACACAGCGAGAUUCGGGUCGGUGGGAGGGGAAGGCGUCGGAGGAGGUGGAGUGGGAGUGGGAUUAGAGGACGAGGUGGCGGAGGAGGGUGUUCAGGCUCGGCCACCGGCCCCGGAAACCACUAGGGGGAGGGAGAAGAGGGAGGGACCCGCUAACCAGGGACCGACCCACCCCCGAUCUCGGAAGAGGCGCCUCCGGGACUCCCCGGAGGGGCGGGGAGCGCCAGCGCGCAGCGACGACCCUGGCCUCCUCCCCCAGCCAACCCCCAGAGGCCCGAGGGAGAAGUGUCCCCGGGCCCGGGGCGUGACGGUCGCGAGCCGGCCGGGAGGGCCCCUCCCGCUUCCCGCCCGGGGCCCUGAGGGCCUGUCCCUUCAGGGGCGGGGAGAUGGGGGAGAGAAAAGGGGGCGCUGGCGAGCCAACCCGGAACCUCCCGGACCGCCUCCCGCCCCCAGCCCCGGCCCCAGCGCGCCUGCUGCACACACGCCCGCACCCAGAAAGUUAAGUCAGAGGCGAGCCCGGCUCGGCGCCGCCGCGGUCCGGCCCCCGGCUCCCCGCCCCCACCGCGGCCGGGCCUGGCUCGGCCCGAGCGCGCCGCCCGCCCCGCCCGCCGCAGCUCCUUCCCGUCCGCCCGCCGCGCGCGGCGCCCCUCGCCCCCCGCCCCCGGGGCUGACACGGGCUCGGCCCGGCUGCCGGGCCGCGGCUCCCCUCCUGCCGGCGUCUCAGCUCGUCGGCCGCCCCUGA